AUGUCGCAGCUCAUUCCAAGCACCACAACCCUUCGAACUUUUAAAGGUCAUCAGAACGGCGUAACCGCAGUCGCAGUUUUCUCCGAUAAGCGACGGAUGGUUACAGCCUCAUAUGACAGGACACUUCGUCUUUGGGACUUGAAGACAGGCGCUGUGUUGAAGAAGAUGGAGGGGCAUAGCAGUGACGUCUUUGCAUUGACGGUAUCACGAGAUGGUCAAAUGAUAGCAAGCGGUGAUUCAAUCGGAGAGGUCAUCGCCUGGCAUGGUGAAACUGGUCAAUCUCUCACCCAACCAAUCAAAACCAACUGCGGUUGGAUCUACUCAGCGGAUUUUACUCCGGAUGGUACGGUUCUGGUCAUUGGUGGAACUAGCAUUGCGGUGAAGUUUUGGUGUACCAAAACGUGGCAGUUGCAAGGAGAACCAAUCGAGUGUGGUGCUAUUGUCUUCUGCGUUCGAUAUUCGCCUUCUGGUGAACUUCUUGCCAUCGCAACAACACAGAAUAUCCAAAUUUAUAAUCCAGGCACAAGGGAACGCAUCGCAUCUUUUGGACGCUUUAGCAAGUCACUCGUGUGGACGCCCGAUGGCACACGCCUUCUUUCAGGAAGCGAUAAAUACGACCCUACCAUACGAGAGUUGGAUCCAUUGACCUGGCAGCGGGUCGGUCAUCCCUGGAAAGGCCACACUGAUGUUAUCAACGCCAUUGCUAUACACCCUGCUGGCAUCCUUGUCGCGUCCACAGCUGAUGACAACCAUGUCCGGCGACGUGUGUCACGUUCUCUGUGGACGGCGAGCACGUCCGCGCGUCACGACCAAGCCGCCAUUCACUUUACUGCCGCUGUCAACGCCAGCGCUUUCUCAUCAAAUUUCAUGCCUCAACUAUACGAGGAUUUGACCGUGCUCUUCGGCUGGGAUCUCCAGUCCUUGUGUUUCACUGCACACCAGAAACGGUGCCAGGCAUUCCUGUCGGCAGGUAAACCCGAUGAAGCCCUCGAAGCACACAAAUACAUGAUGGAUGCCAUUGACGAAACUGCGAAGGCCAGCUGCGUCGAUUGGUCCAACGGCAAGUUUUCAAUAAUCACGCUCGCUGCGCACGACGACCGUAUUCUUGGUGCGGAGAUCCCUGGGCAAGAUCAAGAUCGCUAUGAUGUAGAACCUAAUUUCUUCCGGGGAAUGCAAGAGUAUUCUCAUAUUUCCCGGCCACGACCUCAACAGCGCCCUGGACACCUGAAGAGAGUCGGGCUCGCUUUGACGAGGAGCCCUCGUCCUCCACCUGCACCGCCCACCACCCCGCCACCAGUCGCCAUCGCUGCUACCUCUAAAACUCGCCUACGACACCUAUUCACCCGGCCACCCCAUCAUACAACGCAUCCCAUCAUCGAAGUUCCUUUCGCAAAGGGUAAAGAGCGUAAUGCUGCCGCGGAUGCUCCUGGCAAAGACCCGGACAUCGUACCUUAUGAAUAUCAAGAUCUCGAUACUACUCAACCCGACCCUAAUACACGACAGCAACAGCAAGCAGUAACAGUACAUAUAGACCCUGGCGAACAUGGAGGCGGGAAGUCGUGUGUCUGCUGCUAGCGGGUUUUGUGGGUGUCCCUCGGAUAUUUCGGUUCUACUAUCGCUCGUAUCGUAACAUUGUCAUUGUAUCUACAGCUAAUUAUGAACCACACGUCUUUCAUAAGUAAAGUUGCUCGUGCCAAUCACGGAAGUCACGUUUGAGUUUUGAAUCUUCAUCGUGCUCACGAGAACUUGAGAAGGAUUCGAUACAUCAGUAUAUCACCCUAGAAGCUUGAGGGCAGUGGGCCGGUACAGGGCUCUGCAGCUAACAAG